AUCUCCAUGAUCGAUGCUCGAUGCUCCAUGGGGUUUUCUUCUCCGAGAGAGAAGAAAGAGCUGCUACGUACGUACGUACGUGUGUCAACUUCACUUGUCCCUCUCCAAAAGAUACCGCCAUGAUUCUCUCCAACCCUAUAUCACCCUACCUCUGCCCAGGCUACACUCCUAUUCCUCCUACCUAGCUCAUCCUGCCUCCAUAUAUACUCUCUCAUGUGAUCCAUCCAUGUCUCCCCCAACCCUUCUUCCUCCUCUUCUUGCCACUGCUCGUCGGAGUAGUACUAGUUCUAGCAGCACGAUCCUCUCGCCAUGGACAGGGCGAGCGUCUGGAGACAAGUGCAGCAGCAGCAGCAGGCCAGCGGCGGCGCGGGCGCGGCUGGCCAUGCCGUCGUGCCUGCCGCGGCCGGUGCUGCAGCAACUCCACCGUGUCGGCCGACCGGGGCGCGGUGGACGCCGACGCAGGAGCAGGUCAAGAUCCUCAAGGAGCUCUACUACGGCUGCGGCAUCCGGUCGCCCAACACGGAGCAGAUCCAGCGGAUCGCCGCGCGGCUGCGGCAGUUCGGCAGGAUCGAGGGCAAGAACGUCUUCUAUUGGUUCCAGAACCACAAGGCCCGCGAGCGCCACAAGAAGCGCCUCGGCGUCGUCACCACCUCCCCCGGCGACGCCAACGCCGGCUACCUCGGCGUCCUCUCCCCUGGUUCCGCGUGUUCAGGUGCAGCGGCGGCUGCCUCCUAUGGCGGCAUGUACGGCGCAGGCAACGGCGGUGGAGGCUCGGACGUGCAGAUGGAUGGGAGCACUACUACUACUUGUUGGGAGGACAGCAGCGCCCCCGAGAGAAGCUUCGUGCAGCUGCAGGACUACAUGGGAGUGAUGAAGAGCUCGGGGGCGGGCAACCACGGCUCCACCGCGCCGACGCGCUGGCCGGCAUGCUUCUUCUCCGCCGACCAGACGCCGCCGACGAGGGAGCCCGAGACUCUCCCUCUCUUCCCGACGGGCGGCCAGCACGGAGGCGGUGGCAACGGCAGCUACCUGCAGUCCAACUCCAGCUCCAACUUUCAGUCCUGGGUACCUGCCACCACCAACACCAUGACAUUCCAGCAGCAACACCAUCAUCAGCUGCAAGAACAGCAGUACAGCUUUUACAACAGCAACCAGCAGCUAAUGACGAUGCCCAGCCAAGACGCAGGCACCUCCCUGGAGCUCACUCUCAGCUCCCCGUACCCUGCAGGGUUCAUGUGAGAGCCCUGCCUGCUUACUCGCCUACUGAUCCAAAGAGCACUGGUGUCACUGUCCUAGCUAUAUCUACUUACUUGCAACAGUUAUUAGAAGCAUAUAUGGAAGCAUGUCUGGAAGUUGGUUACAGUCCUAGUAUUAACCGGUAGUGUGGUCCUCAGCCUCAACUGGUAGUGGUAGUGCACUCCAUGCCAACAUCUACAAUUAGGUGUAUGGCAUGGCGCAGUGUGAGUUUUAGUAGAGUCUUGUGCUGGUUGGUUGUGUAACCAGCCAAAGUGUGCCUGUGGCUGGGAGACUAGAAAGCAAUAGUGUGUUUGGGAUUGGGACAGGAGGUAGUACCACAGCUGUGCCAAGCCCCUUUGGUGCCUUCCAUAUUAAGGAAAAAGUUAUCCUC